AUGCUCUCACGUGUUGCUGCAAUGAAGGCACCCCGCACACACAACCGUCGCCGCGUGACCGGAUCCAGCGGAGGGAGGAGGGAAGGAAGAGAGAGUGAGCCGCAGAGGCCCAAAAUGUCCCGGCGUGUGUUUACUUCCGCGGUGCUGCUCCUACUUGUCGUGAUGAUCUGUUGUGGUGGAGCUGCGACCGCUGAGGUGGGAAGUAAUGCUGAUGCUUCAACUUCUGGGUUGGCAUUGACGGGUGCCAUUACUGCAGAGGGGAGUGCUUCAGGGGGUGUUGAGGGGCUGCAACGGGUCGAUCUAUUUGUGCCGCAGACGACGCAGGUGCUGCCGAAGACGGGGACUGACUCAAGUCGGAGGGAUUCAUUUGUUUCACCCUCUCUCGUCAGUGCUGGUGGAGUAAUUGCUGCUUUUGCCGAAGGUCACAUAGAUGCCAAAAAACCCCAUACUGAAUCAACUAAGCCGUCUUCUGAUGUUGUUGCGGAGUACAUCGACUCUGCGUGGGAAUGGCCCACUCUUGUUGAAAAGGUCAAAAAGGAAGAAUGGAGGGCACACACCGUACUUGGUAAAGCGGAGGGAGAGGGGAGUUUGGAUGUUGUGCGCCACCCCACAACAACCAUGAAGGGCAAUAAGGUGUUUCUUCUUGUGGGAAGCACUGCCCUGUCCCCUGUAAUUGGGGGUUGGAAAGAGGGCAGCUUGGAACUAAAACUGGUUGUUGGUGAGGUCACGAAGACUUCUGCGGGCGGCGAGCCGAGUCAGUGGAUAAAAUGGGGCGAAGUUCAAUCGCCGGUGAAGCGGACUACUUUGGCUGCUCAGAAAGGUAACUUGACGGAUUAUAUUGCUUCUGGUGGCUCAGGUGUUCUGAUGGAGGAUGGCACCAUUGUGUUUUCUCUGAUGGCGGUGAAUGAAAAAAAUGUUUUUGACGUUUACUCCAUGAUUAUUUACUCGAAGGACAACGGCAGUACCUGGUCGCUCUCUGAGGACAUUUCCCCUGCGAAAUGCGGUGCACCCCGCAUCACCGAGUGGGAGGGAUCACUUCUCAUGAUUAUUGACUGCGAGGAUGAACAGAGGGUGUACGAGUCGCGUGACAUGGGGACAGCGUGGACGGAGGCAGUCGGGACACUCCCAGGCGUGUGGACCAAGUCAAAAUCGGAAGAAUAUCCGGAAGGAGGCUUGCAUGUGGAUGCCCUCAUCACCGCGGCCAUUGGGAAAAGGAGGGUCAUGCUGUACACUCAGAGAGGGUACGCCUCGGGGGAAAACGCCAAUACGCUCUACCUUUGGGUCACGGACAACAACCGCUCUUUUUCUGUUGGACCGGUUGGCAUGGACAAUGCUGGGGAGAAGGAGCUCGCCAGCACCCUGCUGUACUCGGAUGGCAAGUUGCAUCUUUUACAACGGAGGGGCAGUGGUGAAGGCAGUGCCAUUUCACUCUCCUGCCUGACGGAGGAACUGAAGGAAAUUGAGUCCGUCCUCAGUACUUGGUCGCAAAAGGACGUUUUCUUCUCCAGCUUUUCUAUACCCACGGCGGGUCUGGUGGCAGUUUUGUCAAACGCAUCGGCUAACAACGAAACGUGGAACGACGAAUACCUUUGCCUGAAUGCGACGGUGACGAACGCCACGAAGGUCAAAGAUGGGUUUCAGUUGACGGAGCCUGACUCCGGGGUAAUGUGGCCUGUGAACACUCGGGAUGAUAAUGUGCGUCAUGUAUCUUUGAGCCACAACUUCACACUUGUGGCGUCGGUGACAAUCGAAGAGGCUCCGAGUGAGAACACACCCCUACUGACUGCGGUAUUGGUUGACGCUGGGCCCGAGUAUUUCAUGAGACUGUCGUACACCGCGGAUAACAAGUGGGAGACGAUGUUCAAAGACGAUAAAAAACCAACAACGAAAAGCAGGCCUUGGGUGCCGAAGAAAGAACACCAAGUGGCACUCAUGCUGCAAGGCAACAAGGCCUCUGUGUACAUUGAUGGUAAGUCGCUGGGGGAGGAAGAAACGCCGUUAAAAGGUGAGACACCACUUGAGCUUUUUGGGUUUUGUUUUGGCGCGUGCGACAUUGAUGAUGAUGAUGAUGAUGGUGGUGAUGAUGAUGGUGGUGGUGAUGGUGAUGAUGAUGAUGAGGACAGUCCGGAGGAGUCCAGUCCGGAGGAGGCCAGUCCGAAGGAGUCCAGUCCGAAGGAGAUCGGCAAAAAGUCUCGUGUGACGGUGACGAACGUCUUUCUGUACAACCGCCCACUGAAUCCCACUGAGAUGACCGCAAUCAAGGACAGGAAACCCGUUUCGACGAGAGCUCCAGAACCACAAGUGAAAAUUGCUCCCAAACCUGUCGCACCUGCUGCACCUGCGGUGCCUGGCCCACGGGAAGUACCAGCAGCACCGGGGAGGACAACUGUGGGGAGAACCGCCAAUACCCAACAUGCGCCAGCGGAACGCUUGACUUCUGCUGGGAAUGAGGGGACGGCACGGGAAAAGGGUGAUGGUGGGGCAAAUGGUGAUGCUGGUUCCGCGUACGGGAGGGAACUGCUGCCUCUGCUGCUUCUGCUGGGACUGUGGGGCUUUGCGACUGCGUGA